UGUUUACAAAUGUCAGAACUGCUCCAUUGAAUGUCCAGGGUCCAGCUGCAUGUUGAAAUGAAGCCAAUCAAAGACUGAAGCUAACAAAUUAUUGCUGUUUUUCUAAUGCUCUCUGAUUAGCCGUGAUCUUCAAAUAAUUUGCUGCUGCUUAUUGCUGAUUGUUGCUGAUCGUUUCUAACCCUUUAGCGAUUCUUCUAAUCUUCAAUCAUCUAAAGCCUUCGUUUCUGCUUUUGUCUGCUGCUGCUGCCUGCUGCUACUGCUUCCUCCUUGAGGGGGGAAAAAACUUAAGAAACUUGGAUUCCCCAAAAGGACAGUUGGCAGAUCUAAAAGAAAAAGAAAGCCGUCCAUUAUGAAUCUUAAAGAAAGACUGUGGACCCUUGUGUGGUUCCCCCUGUAUUUUUUGAUAAAUGUGUACAGUGCCCUUGUAUUCAUACCCUGGUAUUUUCUUACAAAUGUUAAGAAGAAAAAAGCUAUGGCGAAGCGCUUAAAAGCUAAGCCCGUCUCCGACAGCCCCGGAAGUCCGUAUCGGUCCAUUUCGCAUAUGGAAUCAUUAGCCAAUAUAGACUUUCCUGGAGUGGACACACUGGACAAAUUGUUUGAACUUGCUGUGACAAAGUUUGGGAAGAAAGACUGUCUGGGAACAAGAGAGGUCCUGAGCGAAGAGAAUGAAAUGCAGCCAAAUGGAAAAGUAUUUAAAAAGUUAAUCCUAGGGAACUAUAGGUGGCUGAGCUAUGAAGAGACUAACCAGAAAGUGAAGCACUUUGGGAGUGGGUUAGUGGCGCUUGGAUUGCCGCCCAAGAGCACCGUGGCUGUAUUUUGCGAGACGCGAACUGAAUGGUUUAUUGCCGCCCAGUCUUGCUUCCUUUACAACUUUCCUCUUGUUACACUAUACGCAACCCUUGGAGAAGAGGCGGUAACCUAUGGAUUAAAUGAAUCCGAAGCAUCAUUUCUAAUCACUAGCUUAGAUCUUUUGGAAGGCAAACUGAAGAAUGUACUGUCAAAAAUUCCCUGCCUCAAAUACAUCAUUUAUGUGGAUAAUAAGACUAUCAAUAAAGCAGAAUAUCCUAAAGGGCUGGAGAUCCAUAGCAUGCAAGCAGUAGAAGAACUUGGAGCCAAACCAGAAAACUUGAGCAUCCCUCCCUGCCGCCCUCUUCCUACAGACAUGGCCUUAGUGAUGUAUACCAGUGGCUCCACAGGAAGGCCAAAAGGGGUCAUGAUGGUCCAUAAAAAUCUCAUAGCUGGAAUGACUGGACAGUGUGAGCGAAUUCCUGGCCUGGGACCCAACGACACGUACAUUGGCUACUUGCCUUUGGCUCAUGUAUUAGAACUGACAGCAGAAAUUUCCUGCAUUACUUAUGGCUGCAGGAUUGGAUAUUCCUCACCACUCACCCUGUCAGACCAGUCCAGCAAAAUUAAAAAGGGAAGCAAAGGAGACUGCAGUGUUCUGAAGCCCACCUUGAUGGCGGCUGUGCCAGAAAUCAUGGAUCGAAUUUAUAAGAACGUUAUGAGUAAAGUUCAGGAGAUGAACUAUUUCCAGAAAACUUUAUUCAAGAUAGGAUAUGACUAUAAAUUGGAACAAAUAAAAAGAGGUUAUGACGCACCUCUCUGUAACUUACUGCUAUUUAAAAAGGUGAAGGCCCUGUUGGGAGGGAAUGUCCGUAUGAUGCUUUCCGGAGGGGCUCCUCUCUCAUCUCAAACACAGAGGUUCAUGAACAUCUGCUUCUGCUGCCCUGUUGGCCAAGGCUACGGCCUGACGGAAACCUGUGGAGCAGGCACCAUUACUGAAGUAACUGACUACAGUACUGGAAGAGUUGGAGCUCCUCUUAUCUGCUGUGAGAUUAAACUCAGAGAUUGGCAAGAAGGAGGUUACACAACAAGAGACUUGCCCCAUCCCAGGGGAGAGAUUAUAAUUGGAGGGCCCAAUGUCUCCAUGGGAUACUUCAGAAAUGACGAGAAAACAGCCGAAGAUUUCAUUGUCGAUGACAAAGGCCAGCGAUGGUUUUGCACUGGAGAUAUUGGAGAAUUUCAUUCUGACGGCUGCCUCCAAAUCAUAGAUCGUAAAAAAGACUUGGUGAAGUUGCAAGCUGGAGAAUAUGUGUCUCUUGGCAAAGUUGAGGCAGCCUUGAAAAACUGCCCCCUGAUUGACAAUAUUUGUGCAUAUGCGAAAAGCAACCAGUCUUACGUUAUCAGUUUUGUGGUUCCCAAUCAGAAGAAACUAAUGGCACUUGCUGAACAGAGGGGCAUGACUGACAGCUGGGUCAACAUCUGUAACAAUCCCAUCAUGGAAUCGGAAGUCCUGAAAGAGAUUAAGAACACGGCUAACAAAAUGAAGUUGGAAAGAUUUGAAGUGCCCAUCAAAGUACGUCUGAGUCCGGAGCCCUGGACUCCCGAAACAGGCUUGGUCACCGAUGCUUUCAAACUGAAAAGGAAGGAACUGAAGAACCAUUACCUCAAUGACAUCGAGCGGAUGUACGGAGGGAAGUAAGGCCUCCCAAUCACCCUGCGUCAGAAACCCUGCGUUGUCUCCUUCUGGAAUUGAAUGAGGAAUGAAUUUCCCAAAAGCUGUGUUUUCAUAAAACAGUUGAAAAUUUUCUCUCGGUUAUCCCAGAAGAAACGGCUGCGCUGGCUUUCUGGCCUGCAGUUUUCCAAGAUGCUGUCAAAAACACCGACCCACUGCCAUGGUUUCAUGAGACCACUUCCAGUUCCAAAUGGCUGCGUUCGUAUGGAACCCCCCCCCCCCCACUAGAUAAACCAAUAUUUCUACCUUUCUCUUCCGGCUUCUCUCUCUGAUUCGAAAGCAGUGAGAUCACCUUGACUGAGUCCAGGGCGAUGUUUUCGAAAUGAGUUAAAGAAGCCGGUUGCAAAGGCGACACGGAAGAGGUGUUGGAAGAGGGUGGGGCAGAACCGAGCCCUUUUCAAAAUGCUGCUCCGGAAAUGGCUCUCUCAGGUCCUUUGCUUGAAUGGCUCAUUUGAAGGUGACUGUCGUUGGAGGCACGGAGAGAGGAAGAGGGAUUUCUCUUGUGAAAACGGUAAUUUCACCCAGCCGUAAAAACUGACAGUCCAACACAACAACGCCCAAUCGGGUCCUUGAACCACAUGCCAAGUUUUUCCUUCCUUUCUGCAAGACCAUCCUGCCCAUCUCUGCCGUGAAAUUAUUCCUGCAAUUUCUGAUUAUUAUUUUUUAAUUAUUCAUUCCAGAAAAAAAGGCACCCUAGGCCAGUGUUUCCCAACCUUGGUGAC